AUAGCUUGAUUUUGACUUUCAGUUUCCGGCGGACAGCUUGUUCGUCUGCUCUUGUUAGAAAGCAAGGUUAUUCAAGGACUAUUGCACCCUGCCGUAACCUGUUGCUGCUAUUUGAAAUUAGUUCUACUCAUAUUUAAAAAUGAGUGUUUGCUUGGUUGUUAUCGAUGGUUGGGGUAUUUCAGACGUAAAGGAAGGAAAUGCAAUUUAUCAUGCCAAUACACCGGUAAUGGAUGCUCUGUCAAAAUCCGAAGGACAGUAUCUUACAUUGGAUGCCUCUGGUUUAUCUGUCGGUCUCCCAGCUGGAUUAAUGGGCAAUAGCGAGGUUGGCCACAUGAAUAUUGGUUGUGGACGUGUGAUGUAUCAAGAUAUAGUCCGUAUAAAUAUGGACGUUGAAAGCAAGAAAAUCGGUGAAAAUCCCAAUUUCUUAGAUUGCGUUAAUAAUGCUAAAUCGGGCAAUGGUAGACUUCAUUUGCUGGGUCUUAUUAGUGAUGGAGGAGUUCAUGGACAUAUUGAGCAUCUUUAUGCCCUUUUAGAAGCAGCUAAAAAGAAUGCUGUACCUAAUACGUAUGUACAGUUCUUUGCCGACGGCAGAGAUACGGCUCCCACGAGUGCCCACAAAUAUGUUCAACAAGUUCUGGACAAAUUGAAUGAACUAAGUUAUGGUAGCUUAGCUACUGUUACCGGUCGAUAUUAUGCUAUGGAUAGGGAUAACAGGCACGAAAGAAUCAAAUUGGCAUAUGAAGGUUUGGUUCAAGGAAUCGGUGAAAAGACAUCACCAUCAGAGGUGGUGUCCCUUAUACAAAAGCGAUAUGAAAGCAAAGAUGAUCCCCAAACUGAUGAGUUUCUGAAGCCUAUUAUUGUGGACGAGAAAGGCUGUAUUCAAGAUGGUGAUACCAUGAUUUUCAUAAAUUUCCGUGCUGACAGAGUGAGACAGAUAUCGGAAGCUUUCGGCAUCAAGAGACAAUUUGAAACAGACAAAGUACCUCAGAAUCUGAAAAUAUGCACCAUGACACAAUAUAAAAAGGAAUUUCCUUUCACAAUGCUCUAUCCUCCUACGGUGCCGGUCAACGUGUUGUCCGAGUGGAUUUCAAAGAAAGGUGCUACUCAGUUUCAUUGUGCCGAAACUGAAAAAUACGCCCAUGUGACAUUUUUCUUCAACGGCGGUCAAGAAAAAGCUUUUGAGAAAGAAGACAGAUGCAUGGUACCUUCUCCCAAAGUUGCAACUUACGAUCUUCAACCUGAAAUGAGUUGCAUGGGAGUUGCGAAUGAGAUGGUAAAAGUUAUAGACGCAAAGAAAUAUCCUUUUGUUAUGUGCAACUUCGCUCCACCCGAUAUGGUUGGUCAUACUGGCAAAUAUGAACCCGCCAUCAAAGGUGUCGAAGCAACCGACGGUGCUAUAGGACUUCUAGUUGAGGCGUGCAAGAGAAACGGCUUUACUCUGCUGGUGACGGCAGAUCACGGUAAUGCUGAAAAAAUGAUUGGGGACACAGGUGGCCCCCAUACAGCCCACACAACCAACCGAGUUCCAUUUAUUAUGGCAGGAUCGAAAAAAUUUAAGACCCCAUCACAUAAUGCUGCACUUUGUGAUGUUGGACCUACUGUUCUUGCACUGAUGGGACUUGAUCAACCUUCAGAAAUGACGGGUCAAUGUCUUUUAGCUUAAAUCAAACUUUAUUCUUUCAAUGGUUGUUGUGCUCUUUACUUUUGUUGACUGAUUGGCUUGUAAAAAAUAUAUUUAUUAUAAAAACUUAUAAAUGGAAAAAUAAUAUAUAUAUAUGUAUACACUACAUUUUCCGGUGUUUUUGCAAAUUAAAAAAUGUAUCUUUGUUGUAUAAAUUUAAAGAUUUAUUUUUAAAAUAGAUAUAUGAUUUAUUUCUCAAGCUUUUUGUUUAAGUUAAUGUAGUGAACAUUUUGCUUUCAGGAUUGUUGAAAUCUCAAAUGUAUGUUGUUCCUGAUCUUAAGAUGUUUUUUGAAAUUUAAAUGUAUUUAAAAGAGAGUAUUGUGAAGUUUAAAUACGUAGAAAGUUUAAAAAGAAUGUAUUGUAAAAGUUUUUUAAAUCUAUAGGAAAUUAUAUAAGUAUUUAAAUGUGAAUAUACAUUAUAAAUAUUACAAUUAUUAGUUAUUUAAAUUUAUAGAAUAUAUUAGAAUUUUUGUUCUUUUUAUAUAUGUUUUUAAAAUAAAUCUUGUAAGAAUUUUUAGGGUAAAAUUAAAUGUCUAUAUCUAUUGCUAUAAUUUAAACAUUUCAUUAACUUAAAAAAAUAACUAGUUUUAACAUAAAUAAUUUCAUAUUUUUGUUAUAAUUUUUUAUUAAAUAUGAAAUGUUAUUUUACAGUCAAAAAUAAAUAAAAAUAUCAAUUUAUAAAAUUGUUAAUUCUGAAUCACAUUUGUUCAAUAUAGAAAAAUGUUUACCAUUCAAAAUAAAUCUAGAAAUUGCUUUGAAAAAAAAAAUGAAUGUAAUUAGUUAAGCUAAUUCAAUCUCUAAGAUUUGAUAAAAUGUAAAGAAAUUUUGUAUAAUAUUAAUCGAACUAUGUUCCAUGUGAUUUAUAUUUAACUAUUUGAAAUGUUGCAAUAUUUUACUGAUGGUAUUUUCUAAGUAGUUGAAUGUAACUGGUCUAUUAAGUGAAAUUUCAAUGUAUUGACCACAGAAAAAAGUUAGAUUAACAAAAUAAAGUUCAUAGGAUUGCAUUAAAA